AUUGGAGCUUCGUCCGCCGAACAGAACGUUAUAAAACACACGCCUUUCCAGGAGCGAUUGUCGGUGAUUUAAAUCGAAAUUAAUUGAUACGACGGGCUGUCGAGAAAUCAAAGAGCGCGGAAUCGGAUUCGGAAUCAUUGCCCCCAACAAAAGUGUAUUGUGUAACCUUUCAAGACGAUGACAAUAGAGCCAAAGGAGCUGGCGCGGGGAAGGGUGGUGUGCCAAUAAUGAUCAUAUGAUUGCACAGAGCGGAAAAAAACGGAAAACAUAGCAAACAUCGCCAGACAUUUCGUUGCCAGAAAGGAAAACAACAUUACGAAAAUCGGAAGGACAAAGUAUAUUUUGCCCUGGUACUCUCCAUCUCCACCAUGUACACUAUCAACAAGGGACCCAGCAAAAUCGUUGCUAAAACGCGUCGCGGCCUGGCACAAAAUUUUGAAAAAUUCGAAAGCAUCAAGGAAAGCGGCCGGAAGAACGCCAGUUUCGACCUGAACAGUCCCGAGGAGCACAAAAACAUACCGCGUCCGGUGUUUCAACAGAGCUUUGCAUCCAAACGGAUAACGCCGACCAAACUGAUCGAGGAUGAGGUGAUAACGCCGCAGCAUGAGGAAAUAAUACGUUACAUAAAUGACUCGUGGAACAUGCUGGUGGCGCAGAAUCCCUACGACUCGAGCUCAUCCGCAAAGCCCGCCGAGAAACCACUGGCGGAUGCCAACAACAACAGCGCCGCCAGUCCAGUGGAGAGCAUCAUCGCCAACACACCGGUGCCCGCGUCCUCGACAGCCACCGUCUGGGUUGAGCCGCCGAGUCCAGCGCUACAGGACUUCAAGCCCUUCGACCUGGAGUCGUGGUGGGGCCGUCGCCUCUUCCAGAACAUUACCAAGAGUCUCUAAGAAGGAUCGACUGGACGAGAGAGACAGAGCCUGCUCUUUGGAAAUUCCUAAUUAGCCAGUGCUUCCAUUUGUACUUGCGCGUUCGACUGGACAUAGGCAACAUCACACUAGAAAGAUACAUAUAUCUGUAGACGAGACGAGACACUCGUGUAGUGUUCGGUAGUGGCUGAGUAAACAUCACUUUGGACCAUAGUGGUUGGGAAGCCUCUGAAGUGGCAAGUCAUGGAUUAGUUUCUUCUUGUUUCACAAGUGUGUAAAUGAAGUAAAUUAAGAGUCAUCGCCGCAGGCCAAUGUAAAUACUACGAUUUCUAAUUUGCUCUUAAGAAUGUGUUAUAGUGUUAUAAGAAUGGUAUCAUCUGGUUUGCUGGCCAGUUUUUAAAAUCAACACUCUUGUGAAUUGUAUAAAACGAUAAGGUUCAAAUUGACAUCAAGUUUAGCAAUCUGUUUUGGUUUCACUCAUUGUUGUAAUUGCUUAUUCAUUUAAAAUAAUUGCCUGUAUAUAAAAAAAUUUGGAUUUUAUUAUGUGAACUCUAGUUAAGACCUAGGAAUAUCCAAAGUAGAAAUUGGUUGAUCCGAUUUCCCGCUAAUGGCAUUGCUUGUAUUUAGUUUCUCACUUUAAAUCGUUUUAUGUUUAGCAUAAAUAAAAAAUUCAGCAUGUUGCGAAA